ACAGGUCUCAUGGUCGCCUGCUAUAGGGGCUUUGGCAGCAUCGUGGUCCUGCUCAGUCACUGCCCCUUUCUCGAUGUCAAUCACCAGGACAAAGAAGGGGACACAGCCCUCAUGCUGGCUGCCCAGGCAGGACACGUCACCCUGGUGAAUUACCUGCUGAAUUACUACCCUGGCCUGGAGCUCGACCAGAGGGACAGCCGAGGUCUGACGGCUUUGAUGAAGGCUGCGGUGCAGGGUCGCCCAGAAUGUGUGGCUGCCCUUCUCAUGGCAGGAGCUGACCUGACAGCCGUGGACCCGGCUCGGAAGAAGACAGCUUUGGAAUGGGCAGCCCUGACGGAUAACUUUGAGACUGUGAUAAGAAUCCAUCAGCUGGCCAAGCACCCCCGGAUCGAGCAGCUCAGUAGGCAUUUUCGGCUCGAAUGGCCGGCCCUAGCUGGACUUGUGGCACAGGCCCAGAACCCGAUCACUCCAUCUUUCUUGGAGAGACUCCAGAGUGCCUUCAGUGUCUCCUUCCCCCAGCCUCCCCAGGAGGGUGGUGUCCUGGAUCACCUGGUGAGAGUAACUACAAGUCUAGCCAGCCCAUUCAUCAUCACUGCCUGCCACACUCUAUGCCCAGACCUCCCACCUGAACUGGGCAUGCUUCGUCCAUCUGUGCCUGAGCUCCAGGGCACAGUACCCCCUCGACCCCAAACCCCAAGUGUCUCUCAGCCUCCUUCUGGCCAUCAGGCUCUAGUUCCACAUCAGAGCCCUUCAGGGGUAUUGAGCCUUUGCCCAGAUUGGCUGCUGGCUAGGAAUGGUGGUAGCUCUAAGACACGGGUCCCCAAAAUCCACCUCACCAAGGCUCCAUCCCCAUCCUGUCAGAAGGGUAAGGCUCCAGUUCCUACAGGGCAUCAAGGGCUGGUACCCCCUUCCUGGCACUACCAAAAACUCAGGGAAGAAAAGAAACUGGCAGAAGCAAGAGGCAAGAAAUUCUAGAGAAGAUAGGCUAGGA